CUGUCAAACGUCUUACAUUGCGCAUGACAUUCAACAGUGGAGAAGAGACUGUGUAUCCCGAUGGUAUUGUCUUCAGCCAGCUUGAAAAUUUGAAGGUAUAUAUAUGCAGCGAAAAUUGGUCAAAGUUACUUGUCCACUUGCUCAAAGAUUCUCCUCACCUGCGAAUCCUCGAUCUCGAGGUCUAUCGUUUCCGUGAAAUUUAUGGGGAGUAUGAACAGGUUAGCUGGGGCAAAAAUCAGGGCUCCGUUCCAAAAUGUUUCUUGAAUAGUCUUGAAACUUUCAAGUUUAAAGGGUACAACAGUGACGAACAAGAAGACAGAGAUUUCAUGAGUCUUAUCUUCAAACAUGCUCGUUGCUUGAAAUCUACAUCAAUCUUGCACAGAUCAUUCGUCUCUUCAAGAGCUCAAACAUUGGGGCUAAACAUUUUGGAUGGAAACGAGGUGUUCUUUAGGAUCAAGAGAAGCACCCAGCUGAAGAAGCUAAUGAAUGCUUACUGUGACCGGCAAUCUGUGGACAUGAACUCCAUUGCUUUCUUGUUUGAUGGCCGUCGUCUGCGUGCUGAGCAAACUCCUGAUGAGCUUGAAAUGGAGGACGGUGAUGAGAUCGAUGCGAUGCUCCAUCAGACUGGUGGCAGAGGUGGUGGUGCUAUGGCCUGACACUUCCUCCGGGUUUAGGGCUUGUGUGAUAUGAAUGGUUAAGGAGUAUUCGGCAUUAGGAAUUGCAGACUUGUUUUUAUCGUGACCAUUCUCUCUAGAAACUACAAGUUAUUAUGGUCACGAAGGUUAAAAACCCUUUGGUUGAUUUUUUGUCUUGUUCGUUUGGUAUUGGAUCCUAUGAUACUACUAUUUUGGCUUAAAGGUGUUAUUAACCCGAUUAUCUAAAGUUUGUUGGUAUGGUAACGAUGAAAAAGCUAUCAAUUAUUAAAAGUUGACCCUUAAC